AUGACGAAGCAUGGAUGGCAUAGAUAUUUCGACGACAAUGAUGUCAGUAAUUGGAGUAUCUGUGGGUUUCAUGAAACAUGGAUACGUCAAAAUAAAGACGAUCCAAAAAACCUACGCUACCAAAAGGCAAAUGACGCUCUCACAAAAAGUCUACGUUUGCUUAUUAAUGAUUGCGAAGAUGACGUGAAGAAACAGGGAGCUGCUGCGAAACUUCUAGCAAACAAGGCGGCAAUUGCCCAUGCUAGGAGGAAUCAACUUUUUGCUGAUCCUCUGAAUGCCUUUUUGGAUGCAUGGCUUGUCACAAUGCCAAUAUGCGGCAAACGCAAUCAUGGAAGUGAUAUUGAUGAAUUGUGGACUCUCAUAGAAAGCAAGAAUCUCGAGAAAGCAGCGCUUACAAAAUUAAAUUGUCAACAGAAUGUCACGAUAUACUCAAGCCCUUUAACUGAUGCUGCGAUGACAAAUUUAAGCAACAUUAUACCAGAGUCGACAUCUGUCUUGCCGAGUAAACGACCUUUUGAAUGUCUUGAUUCAGAAACAGCAUCAACAAGACAAGAAGCAAAUAAAGAUCUUGAUCCACAACCAGAGGGAGCAAAAACACCACCACCCAGAUUUCCUCCGAAUAAAGAGAUACUCCUUUCUACUCCAGACAAGCGAGAUAUGCAUAGUAAAGAGAUUGCUUGUUAUCUUGAUGCCAUGGAAAAUUUGCUAAAGUAUAAUCAAGUUGUAAGCGAUGUUCCACCUGUGUGGACAAAAUCUCUGGAGUCCUAUCUCCGACAAUAUGAAUUUAAGAUUGCUGCAAUGGAAAAAAUAAAUGGAGACGAAGGAAAUUACUUUCGUUUGUACUGUGAAAAAAUUCUGACUGAUUUUUAUAAUUUGGUCGAUAUUUUCCCCAAUAUCUCAAGAAAAAUUGGCGAACGAAAGUAUAUUGUACAAAAUAUUUCUUCUCUCUUUAAGUUUUACGAAACAACGUUCGGAAAAAUAAGCUUCGAUUGGAUAGAGUCGCAUUCUCCCGCAGGCAAACUAACAAAAUCGGCCAGCAACUCCGGCAUUAUUAAGGUGGACAUGAGAGGAGUCCGGUUAUUGGACGAUAAAGAAGUCUUUCACAUGGAAGUCUCGGGUCCACCUUCAUUGUCAUCAAAACAACAUUGCACGGACGAUACGAAAAAAUCCCUGCGUACGGACAUCCUGAAUUUGAUCGCCAUCUUACUCGAACAUAUUAAUCUAUCUGUUGAAGUCGCAACACGAAUUAAAGUGUUCAGUUUUCAAGUUAUUAAAUAUCGAAUUACGUUUUAUUCCCUAAAUAUGUUGAACGAUGGUUCUUUUCUUUCAUCAGAGUUAUUUUCCGCUUUGUUCCCUUCUCCUUCGAUGCUAGAGCAAAGUACAAACAAAUACUAUUUCUCAUGGUGUUUCUAUGAUUCUCAGAACGAAGUUAUAGAUCAAAUCUCUUUGAUGCAAGAUCUCGAUCUAAAUACUAAUCGUUAUGAAGGAAAGACGUCUUGA